AUGAGGACUUCAAACAGCAAUCACUUCCAAGAACUACAGAUCUCAGAGAGCAAUGCUGCGGCACGCAAGAUUGAAAGAGCAGGCGCGCGCGUGGCUCGUAACAUAGAUCUGGUCAAGACGUCAAACAGUUUCGAUGACAUCGUGGUUCCAACCCUCGAAUUUUUUGUUGAUUUUAACAGGGAGCAUGCCGACCAAGAGUUACCACCGAGUGAGCUAAAUCAUACAGGCGAACCGAGAGCUCUACACUGUGCUGCCGAGUUCGCAGAGCAUCCCAGUCAAGGCCAACUCGAAUUUUGCCUGAAACCAGGCAUGAAUGCAACCGAAUACAAAUCCUUACUAAAAAGAGUGAGAGCAGAAGCACUCAACGGUGUUGAGGAUGCACUCCAUCAAAACGAAGUUGAUGUCAUUAUGGCGCCUGCCGACUCUCGACGUGUCAGUGUCGCUUCCGCUGCUGGCUGUCCCGUGGCUAAGGUAGCAUUGGGCUUCGCACGCCUCAAUGGUAGAGCUCAUGGUUUAAACGUUAUAGCUCGUCCACGAGAUGAGCGUGCAUUGCUGCGAAUCAUGAUGGCAUGGGAACACCCAUUCCCAGAGGCCUUCGCACCACCUCCUGCAAUGAUUGGAAGUUCGACUUAG